AUGGCAGCGCAACCAGCUGCUCAAGAUGUGCAAUCCUUUCUGGACAUGACUGGACAGACAAACCGACAAGAGGCUAUCUUAAGAUUGAAGGGCAACAAUAAUAAUGUUCAACAAGCAAUCAACGAGUACUAUGAUGAUCUUGAUCUUGGAAGGAAUCCUAAUCGAUACACUUGGGAUGAUAGCCAAUUCAACAGCGAUCGUGAUGGAGGUGGUGCGCAACAUGGUAUUUCUUUUGCAGUCCAAGGCCCAGAUGAAUUUCCCGCCUUUACUCAUUUCGAAAGCGCUGCACCCUCUAGACCACCAUCUAGAACUAGUAACAAUAAGUCGCCUCUGAGCAAAGCUGUGGAUCUCACGACUAGUGAUUCUACCACUGCCUUUACCCAAUAUGUCGACAACGAUGAUAAAGAACUCCAGCAAGCGCUUGCUGCUUCUAUGGCAGACUCUAGCUUACCCCCGCAAGAGUCCGGUGUAGUUGGAACAGAUAAACCUUACUUUGGUCCUGCUACAAGAUCUGACUAUGGAGAUAAUUGGGCCAUGGUUCCUAUAUCAAGUGUCAAGGAAAUCUAUGAAGACCCAGAACCAUGGGAUCGCUUGCGGAUCUGGGAAGACACAAGACCUACCACACCCGCCUUUCUUAAGCCUUCUGGAGACGGACAUAGACUAGGUGCUCUUCUGACAAUCUAUUACAACAUUCCCAUCGCCCGUGAGGUAUUCCUCAGAAGAGACAACGUCGAGACCUACUAUCCAUACGAGGCUGGUUGGUGGAGCGGCAGACCAAUAGAACACCCCAUUGCAUCGUUGCAGGAAGAUCCCAACUUUGUAGCUGACGAUCGACGAUUUGGCCAGGAGCUCCAGAAAGUCAUGGCUUUCUUAGAUCAGACAAAGCGAAGCUAUGGCUCUGUGGAUGUUAUUACCGAACUUCCAUAUAUGCAACAGAACGCUAGGAAUGACGUUGAGACGGAUUUUUUCCUGUGCUUUAAGAAAUUGAUGCAGGGCAAGGCACCAUUGAGACACAUCUUUUCUUCGGCUACUAAUGCUCCAGAUCCCGACUCUGAUGGAAAUACCAUAUUUGCCAUAUUCGACCUCCAUCUUCCCACAAAAGAUUCUCUUAUCGAGAAUCUCUAUGAUCUUGCAGAUGGAGCUCUAUGGGAUGGUUUUCCUCUUACUCUCGAACACUGGCCCUUCUUGAAUCAUCUUGGCGACGUCAUUUCUUUCAGAAUCAAAGGUGAUAAGCUGAAUGAUCAGAAAGCAAUUGAAGUGCCAGUAGUAUGGUAUCCUGAUAGAUAUUUGCAGUUCGUAUCUGAAGAGACAUUAGCUAUGCGUACGGAAAAGCACAAUUUGCAGCUAAAAAUUCAGGAUAUUUCUCGACAAGAGAGGCAAUUAAAAUGGACCACUCACAAUGGAAAAACACUUCUAGUUGAAGAUGUUAUGAGAUUGUCACUCAAUCAUGAUCAGAAUGAGCUUCCACCCAGUAAUAAGAGCAUAGGUGAUCUUACCUCUGAGGUUCCCAUGGGCGGAUCAAAGAGUGCAGAUUUGUCUAAAGGACUCAAAAAGUUGAUGGACAAUGUAAACGCAAAGCUGAAGAAACUACAAGAUGAAAGAGAAAAAGCCAAAGAAGCUUGGAGAGAGCUUUCGAAGUUGUAUACAGACCCCGCCAAGUCUUCUCGGAUCUUGCACAGAUAUACUCUUCGUGGCGUAAGCUUGACUAAGGAGACGACCUAUGUUUGCACCCGCAUAGCACCGGAUCUCAUUGAUUUCGCCGCCAAUGAAGAAGAGCGUAUUCCUCCUAGUGAUGGUCAGUGGUGGAGAAUGCACUUUAGUACCUCGUCUCCUCCUUCAAGAACAGUGGAAAAAACCACCUUGGAAAAGGUUUUGGAGGACAUUAAACUUCAGAAUGAGACCGCAAUUCUAGUUUAUGCUUCCGAUGUGGCAAUGGAGACGGCUACGCGUUCAACACCACCCGAACUUGAGACUUUCGUUUAUCACGAUAAUGCCGCUUUUAGAAAGGAAUUGCCCAAGUCUCAACCUCCAGUGAAUCCCCCUGACGAAUCACAACACUCACCAAGAUCGCCAGGAAAGCGUAAGCGUGAGCAGAAUACAUCUACCCCAGCCUACAAUGACGAAUGGAAUGGAGUCGGAUCUUCUUCAAACACUUCUAGAAACUCCAACACUUCGGUGAAUGACGAGCGGAAUGGAGUCAAAAAUGAAUCCUCGUACACUGACGCUUCGUGGGUGAUGUCUCAAUCGCAGGCUCUACAAACUCGUUACACUCUAAGUGACUCACUCAUUGUGGGUGUCGAUCCAUUUCCCAACGACACACCACAAGAAAUGCAGGAACGUAGUGGUAGCGGCAUGUUACAAAACUUCACUGGCAAUUCUGUUGAGAAAGGUGUGAUUAAUGAUAGCAUGGAGAUUGAAGAUAUCGAGACUGAUGAUAUGCAGCGUGAGGAAGAAGACCUCUCGCUGCCUACCCGUUAG